UAAAAGUACAGACCAACGUUGUUUGUAGCAACGUGGGGCAUGAAUAUUUACUAAUACUCAGAACUUACAAUUAUUGUACAUUAGUGUUAUGAGUGGAAAGUAUCUUUGACAGCCUCGACAAUGCAGAUAUCCAGUGUGAAUGAUGUGAAGAUUUAUAACUUAAGCCACGGAAAGUCUCUUCCAGAGGUAAGUUUGCAUUAGCUAACGUUGGCUAGUUAGCUUUCUUAAUAGUUUAGCAAGCUAAUUUACAAUAAAAAAUAAGCCAGUUAACUUAGCUACUGCUAAUAGUAUUUGAUCACAGAUUGAUAACCUAUUAAAUUGCGUAGUUAAGUCCUUAGCUAUUGCUCUAUUGAAACAAAGGCAUGCUAGGCAACUAGCCAGUCAGCUGGCUAACGCUGCAGCCAUGGCAUCAAGCAUGGAGGUUUAUAUAUUGCUGUGAUAUUGUGUAUGAGGUCACAAAUUAAGCAGUAGCUUCACAUAACAAUCAGAGUAUGUGAUAACACACGUCUCAAUAUUUGUUUCCCAGUGGCUCUCAGAUCGGAAGAAAAGGGCAUUGCAAAAGAAAGAUGUUGGUGAGUAUUCCUUUACUAACUAAUGGCUUACAGGUGUUUGUGUGCUGGCCAAGUGGUCAGACUAUUAUUUAAUGCCUCACCUAUCUAACUGCUUUUUCUCAGACAUCCAACGCAGGAUCGAGCUCAUCCAAGACUUUGAGAUGCCCACAGUGUGCACCUCCAUCAAAGUGUCAAGGGAUGGGCAGUUCAUUCUAGCAGCAGGUGAGCAUUUGGCUUGCUGUCACUUUCAGAUUAAAUUUGGCACAUAUCACUAGAGUAGACAGUAUUCUAAGUAAUUACUGUUAUGUAUGGAUUUGUCAGCUUCUUUUAACAUCCUUUCAGGCACAUACAAACCCAGGAUCCGAUGCUAUGACACGUAUCAGUUGUCCUUGAAGUUUGAGCGGUGUCUGGAUUCAGACGGUAAGUGAUAGACCCACUAGUUGUAUAUGUAAAAAUAUUUUGCGUCUAUGGUCCUCUAGAACUCCGGUGUGCUAUGGGAAUCCCUGCAAGUAUCCGUCCCUCCUUUUGUUGUGAAGUGAGUGGCUGGUCCAUAGGAAGAGGAUCCAGCUGUCUCAGUGAUGGUCUCAGUCAGUCCUGACUCCACUAAUGAACACUCACACUUAAUACUUAACUAGGGUGCAGUCAGGCACACGUUCUCAGUAAACACACACCCAACAUACACAAUUGCCAUGCUGUGAUGGUCACCAAUAAAUACAGCUUUUGCAUUCUGCGAAAGUCUUUGCCGGUAGAUAUUAUUUUUUCUUGUAGCUAGUUCUGAAAGUGUUUUUUUCCUUCACAGUUGUGGCCUUUGACAUUCUGUCCGAUGACUAUUCGAAGGUAAGACAGACUUCCUUGGUUGUUUCCUGCAGUGGGGGUUACCUAAACUUUUAUUUUUUCAAGAAAUAAAUGUAACCUGAUAUUGUUGUGUGUGUGUGUAUAGCUGGUGUUUCUGCAUUGUAACCGGUACGUGGAGUUCCACUCGCAGCAUGGACACUACUACAAGACGCGUAUUCCCAAGUUUGGUAGGGACUUUGCCUACCACUACCCCUCCUGCGACCUCUACUUUGUUGGGGCAAGGUAAGGGUUAAAAGCCAAAAGAAGGUGGAGCAUUCACUGUCUUGAUUUCCUAUGUAUCAUUAGACUUGGCUUCAACUUGACAAGUUGGAGUUUUGUUACUGUUGACUCUACAGUAAGACAGACCUUUUUCCUCUCUCUCAGCUCAGAGAUAUUCAGGCUCAAUCUGGAGCAAGGCAGGUUCCUCAACUCCCUUCAGACAGAUGCUGUGUAAGUAUACAUGUACAAUACUUUACUUUAUUUGUGAAGGCAGCUGUACAUUAAAAUACAAUACAGUAAACACAGUCAUUACAAGACUCGGCAUUAUGCAUGGGAUGCUAGACUGUGAUCAUGUCUCUUUUUGCCCUUUCUAUGACUGACAGGGAGCACAAUGUGUGUGACAUCAACCCUGUCCAUCAACUGUUGGCCUCAGGAACAGCGGAGGUGGGUGGAGCCUAUGUGCCGCAAAGAGGAUUGGACAUUUUGUGUGUGUGCCUGUGUGUGUCUAACCGUGUUCCCUGUGUUGUUGGUGGCUAGGGAAAAGUGGAGUGCUGGGACCCUCGUGUACGAAGUCGGGUGGGGAUGCUAGACUGUGCCCUGAGCAGCGUCACAGAAGGAGCAGAGUAAGUACACCACUAGAACAUGAACAGUUAGAUGUAUCUAGAAAAACACCAUUGUUCUAAUCCAUGAUCUGAAUGUGUUUGUCUUUAGAGUGGAGGGCUUACCGUCGGUCAGCGCACUCAAGUUUAACGGCUCUCUCACCAUGGCUGUGGGAACCAGCACUGGGCAGGUAUGAACUUUUACAAUGAAGGUGUCUUUUGUGUCCUAAUAGCUGGGAUAUUGCACAAAACUCUGGAAUAGAUGUUGAAUUUGACUUAUUGCCUAAAUGUAGCCCUCCCCACAACUUUCCCUAUUGACAAUCGGUUUGCAUGGUACUGUAGGUCCUCCUCUACGACCUGCGCUCCAGUCACCCCCUGCUGGUAAAAGACCAUUACUACGGCCUUCCUAUCAAGUCUGUCAACUUCCAGGACCACCUAGACCUGGUUCUGACUGCAGACUCCAAGAUCAUCAAGAUCUGGAACAAAGACACAGUAAAUGUUUAUGAAUGUUGAAAAAAUGUGAUUUAAUGUUUUUUAAAACCAGACAUUUGGUACCAUUUUGACAGAUUGGACAUUUGAAAACCUUAAUGUUUUUUGCUUGGAUGUUGCAAAAACAGCGAAGAUGAUUUAUGCUGGUUUAGAAUAUUGCCAACUGCACUAUUCCAAACUCACUUUGAAUAUGCAAAAAUUGCUCCGGCAUUUCCUGGUUGCUAAAAUUCUAAUAGUUUGCCUAAUUUCAGUUUCUGUGACAAAACAAGCAAUGUAGGGAAUCAUUGUACCAUCUAAACCGCUGUGAAAUAUGUUUUCCAUAACCAAAAAUAUUGUAUUUUCAGAUGUUUGAAACUGGUGUACAAAACCGAAAAUAAAAGACACAAAAAAACGAAACUUAAGAAUGGGAAGUGUAGAAACAGUGCACAUAGAACGGAUCUACCGCUUCUUAGACUUGCUUUUCAUGAAUGACAUAUCUAUAACUCAUAUUUCUAUGUGAACUUGGUAAGGUUGCACAAAAAGGAAUAUAUUCCAGCUUUAAGUAUUUACAAUUUAAAUGUUGUGGUAAUUUUGGGGAAAUGCCUUUGCAUUUUUUAUAGUAAAAAUGUCUUUGUCAUUGGACAGUUGGUUGAUGAAGGACAGACCACUAAUUAACUAUCACAGUGCUAGAACUGAUAUUCUAACCAUACCUCUGGUCUGUUUCACCCUAGGGGAAAGUGUUCUCCUCCAUUGAGCCCCAGACUAACAUCAACGACGUGUGCAUCUACCCUGGUUCUGGUGAGAUCACCUCAGACACACUGUUAUAUUCUAUUAACAAUGAGCCAGAUACACUAAACAUUUCUUCUGUACCAAGUUUAUCUCUGAGGGUUGGCCAACAGGCACUCUGUUAUUUUCUUUGUAGUCAUUUACCAGAAUGCUCAACUACCACUAGAUGGUGCCCAGUGACCUCAACAAGUCCUUACCUCUUCUGCUCCAGAGAUAUGCUACAGCAGGGGUCGGCAACAGAACCGGCCCGCAAGUGAUUUAGUUUUAGGUUACAAAAAACAGUAAAAUCACCAGGAAUUCAUCAAAAAACUAUAAUAAUUUAGGAAAUCUGUUCCCAGGUAUUCCUACAAAAAAAAGAAAAAAAAGAUGUGAUUGUGUCUCAAUGUGAUUAAGGUUAGAAAUUAUUGUAUUUGAAAAUAACAACCUAUUUCUGGGCUUAGUUGUGGUCAAUUUGCAGUGUACUAAUUAUUAUUAUUAUUUUCCGGAUCCCCGACCAUUCGCUCCAACAAAAAUCGGCCCGCGGCUGAAUCUAGUUGCUUACCCCCGUGCUACUGUAUGAGGGCAUGGACUGUGCUUUUGAAAUAAGACUGCCACUCUAUCCACUGACAGCUUCUCUACCAGCAAUGAUGUCUUAUUACAGCAAUCUUUAGUGAGCACUUGAGUUAAGGUGUUUAAGAUUCUCGUUCAAGUUUUUAUCACAUGCACAAGUACACUGAAAUGAUUAACUUGCAUGCUCUACCAAACAGUGCCGUAAUCAAUAUCAAAAUAGUUUAACUAAUAAAAAAUAAAUAUAUAAUAAAGAAAACACGAGAAAUACAGUGCUUUGCAAAAGUAUCCAUCCCCCUUGGCGUUUUUCCUAUUUUGUUGCAUUACAACUUGUAACUUAAAUGGAUAUAUAUUUGGAUUUCAUGUAAUGGACAUACACAAAAUAGUCAAAAUUGGUGAAGUGGAAUGAAAAAAAUAAAUAACGGAAAAGUGGUGCGUGCAUAUGUAUUCACCCCCUUUGCUAUGAAGCCCCUAAAUAAGAUCUGGUGCAACCAAUUACCUUCAGAAGUCACAUAAUUAGUUAAAUAAAGUCCACCUGUGUGCAAUCUAAGUGUCACAUGAUCUCAGUAUAUAUACACCUGUUCUGAAAGGCCCCAGAGUCUGCAACACCACUAAGCAAGGGGCACCACCAAGCAAGCGGCACCAUGAAGACCAAGUAGCUCUCCAAACAGGUCAGGGACAAAGUUGUGGAGAAGUACAGAUCAGGGUUGGUUUAUAAAAAAAUAUCUGAAACUUUGAACAUCCCACGGAGCACCAUUAAAUCCAUUAUUAAAAAAUUGAAAGAAUAUGGCACCACAACAAACCUGCCAAUAGAGGGCCACCCACCAAAACUCACAGACCAGGCAAGGAAGGCAUUAAUCAAAGAGGCAACAAAGAAACCAAUGAUAACCCUGAAGGAGCUGCAAAGCUCCACAGCGGAGAUUGGAGUAUCUGUCCAUAGGACCACUUUAAGCCGUACACUCCACAGAGCUGGGCUUUACGGAAGAGGGGCCAGAAAAAAGCCAUUGCUUAAAGAAAAAAAUAAGCAAACAUGUUUGGUGUUCGCCAAAAGGCAUGUGGGAGACUCCCCAAACAUAUGGAAGAAGGUACUGAUGAGACUAAAAUUGAGCUUUUUGGCCAUCAAGGAAAACUCUGUCUGGCGCAAACCCAACACCUCUCAUCACCCCGAGAACACCAUCCCCAGCAGCAUCAUGCUGUGGGGAUGUUUUUCAUCGACUGGGAAACUGGUCAGAAUUGAAGGAAUGAUGGAUGGUGCUAAAUACAGGGAAAUUCUUGAGGGAAACCUGUUUCAGUCUUCCAGUGAUUUGAGGCUGGGACGGAGGUUCACCUUCCAGCAGGACAAUGACCCUAAGCAUACUGCUAAAGCAACACUCAAGUGGUUUAAGGGGAAACAUUUAAAUGUCUUGGAAUGGCCUAGUCAAAGCCCAGACCUCUUGAGAAUUUGUGGUAUGACUUAAAGAUUGCUGUACACCAGCGGAACCCAUCCAACUUGAAGAAGCUGGAGCAGUUUUGCCUUGAAGAAUGGGCAGAAAUUCCAGUGGCUAGAUGUGGCAAGCUUAUAGAGACAUACCCCAACAGACUUGCAGCUGUAAUUGCUGCAAAAGGUGGCUCUACAAAGUAUUGACUUUGGUGGGGGUGAAUAGUUAUGCACGCUCAAAAAUAUUUUGCAUCUUCAAUGUGGUAGGCAUGUUGUGUAAAUCAAAUGAUACAAACCCCCAUAAAAUCCAUUUUAAUUCCAGGUUGUAAAGCAACAAAAUAGGAAAAAUGCCAAGGGGGGGUGUAUACUUUCGCAAGCCACUGUAAGAUGGGAAGCUAUUUACAGGGUCAGUGCCAAUAACAAAUUUACAAUGUGCAAGGAUACUGGAGUAUUUGAGGUAGAUAUGUACAUAUAGCCGGGUAUUAGGAGAAAGUGACUGGUAGCAGGAUAAAUAGUCAACAGUAUGGCAGCAGCAUAAGUGGUGGGUGUGUGUGUGUGUGUGUGUGCAAGAGUGUCAGUGUAGGCGUGAUAGGCGGAUAUACAUGUAAACAGGACUGGAAAGUGAAUCGUAGCAGUAAUAUAUCAAUAUUUAUGGUAAUAUACUAGUGGUAAUAUACACUGAGUGUACGAAACAUUAGGAACAUCUGCUCUUUCCAUGACAUAGACUGACAAGGUGAAUCCAGGCGAAUUUAUUACGAUCCUGCUUCAGUUCUCUUUUUGGCAUGUACAUUCUCUCCUUGUGACUUCAUCCCAGAGAUCACACACACACCUACUUUCUUUGGUAUUUCCUUCGCAGACACACAUGCCAUUAAGUUUUGUCUACGCCUGGGCCCCUAUUUCCCAUCUCUCCCAUGAUGAGCAUGCAUUGUCUCCGAUUCAGGUGCUGCUGGCCCUCUUGCUCUAAGAAAUCUCUGUGAAGUUCCAGUGUGUAGGGGGGUGUGGAAGUGUAUCAGUGGGAGCGGCAGGUAGCUUAGUGGUUAAGAGCGUUGUGCCAGUAACCGAAAGGUCGCUGGUUCUAAUCCCCGAGCCGACUAGGUGAAAAAUCUGUCUGUGCCCUUGAGCAAGGCACUUAACCCUAAUUGCUCCUGUAAGUCGCUCUGGAUAAGAGCGUCUGCUAAAUGACUAAAAGAAAGUGACUGAAAGUGACUGACUUGGGAAAGGGAACGAAUAGGAAUGGAGGAUGUUCCACUAAUUAGCCCCCCAGUCACACAAAAUGUGAGAUGUUGUUGUGGGGUGGCGUGGCUGCCAAAAGUAAACUUGAGGCGUUCGUAGUGCUCCGUCAGCUACUACUCAACUGACCUACACUGAGUGUACAAAACAUUAAGAACACCUGCUCUUUCCGUGACAGACUAACCAGGUGAAAGCUAUGAUCCCUUAUUGAUGUCACUUGUUAUAUCUACUUCAAUCAGUGUAGAUGAAGGGGAGGAGACCGGUUAAAGUAUGUGUGCCAUUGAGGGUGAAUGAACAAGACAAAAGAUUGAAGUGCCUUUGAACAGGGUGUGGUAGUAGGUGUCAGGCGCACCAGUUUGUCAAGAACUGCAACGCUGCUGGGUUUUUCAAGAAUGGUCCACCACCCAAAGGACAUCCAGCCAACUUGACACAACUGUGGGAAGCAUUGGAGUCAACAUGGGCCAGCAUCCCUGUGGAACACUUUCGACACCUGGUAGAGUCCAUGCCCCGAAAAACUGAGGCUGUUUUGAUGGCAAAGGGUGUGCAACUCAAUAUUAGUACGGUGUUCCUAAUGUUUUGUACACUCAGUGUACAUGUUAACAGGAGUAAUAGUGACCAGUAGCAGGAUAAAUAGAUAGAUACUAAUGGUAAUAAAAUCAAUGAACAGCAGGUAGUAAUAAAUAUGAUCAGUAAUCAUUUUAGCAGCAGCGUUGGUGUGAGGGGGAGCAAUAGUUGUUAGCCAUUUAACAGUCUAAUGGCCAGGGGAUAGAAGCUGUUUAGGAGUCUGUUGGUCUGAGCCUUGAUGCACCGAUACUGUCUGCCGGACUGGAGCAUGGAGAACCGUCCAUGUCUCAGGUGCCUGGAGUCUUUGGUAAUUUUAAAGGCCUUUCUCAGACAUCGCCUGGCAUGUAUGUCCUGGAUGGCUGGCCUUCUGGUCGGGGGCGAUGCAGUUGCCAUACCAGACGGUGAUUCAACCAAUCAGGAUGCUCUCGAUGGAGCAGCUGUAAAAGUUCCUAAGGAUCUGAGGGGCCAUGCCAAAUAGUUUCAGCCUCCUGAAGGAGAAGAGGCACUGCCGUGCCUUCUACACGACUGUGCUGGUGUGAGGGUCAGCGUGGCGGAGGUGUUGUCGCCUACCCUUACCACCUGGAAUCGGCUCGUCAGGAAGUCCAGGAUCCAGUUGCAGCGUGGGGUGUUUAGUCCCAGGGUCCCGAGCUUGGUGACGAGCUUUAAGGGCACUAUGGUAUUGAACACUGAGCUGUAGUCGAUGAACAGAAUCCUCACAUAGGUAUUCCUAAUUUCUAGGUGGGAGAGGGCAGAGUGAAAUGCAAUUGAGAUUGCGUCGUCUGUGGAUCUGUUGGGGCGGUAUGCAAAUUGGAGUGGGUCCGGGGUGUCUGGGAUUGAUGGAGUUGAUGUGUGCCAUGACCAGCCUUUCAAAGCACUUCAUGAUUACAGAUGUGAGUGCUACAGGGUGGUAGGCAUUGUGGCAGAAUGCCUUAGAGUUUUUAGGGACAAGAAUGAUGGUAGUCAGCUUGAAACAUGUUGGGAUUACAGACUGGGACAAGGAGAGGUUGAAAAUGUCUGUGAAGACACCUGCCAGAUGGUCUGCACAUGCCCUGAGUACACGCCCUGGAAUACCGUCUGGCCCUGCGGCCUUACAAGUGUUGACCCGUUUAAAAACUUUACUCAUGUCAGCCUCGGAGAGAUCACCCAGUCUUCCGGAUUGACAGAGGCCCUCAUGCAGGGCUCUGUUUUUGUCAAACCGUACAUACAUUCUUUUUCACAUACUUAAGUUAGCAAAGUAAUAAACUAAGUGGAACUGUACAAAAAGGCCCAUUGGAUUAAGCUGGAUUCAUUCAGGAUGUAAUCGCUGUAAUUUCACAUAUUUCGCAAAUCCACAGAACCAUUUAUAUUAAUGAUUUGUUGUCAGAUGAAGAUGUGAGCAAGCCACACUUUUGUCAAUAAUGGUAGCACACAUUUUAAAACCCAACAAGACUUUUUGGUUAUUUUGCUGCUUUCUACUUUUCUACUGCAUGCACAUGAAGUUAGGCUUUUUAACUAGAGUCAAACAAAACCAGCAGACAAUGAGCCUUUUUGUACAGUUCUACUUUUUUAGUUUAUUACUUUGCUAACUUUAGUAUCUGAAAAAGAUCUGUCUGUUUCGUUAGCUCAUCUCACUCAUUCCCGCUUUUUUUAUUCUCUCCUAACUUCACAGGUAUGCUCUUCACUGCCAAUGAAGACCCCAAGAUGAAUACGUUCUACAUCCCUGUGAGUUCUACAAUCCUCACGCUCCCUCAGGCUAGUUUUGCAUACCUCAGUGUACCGCAGGUUUGGUUUGAAAGGUAAAUCUUCCCAUGAAAUAGAUUUACUCCAGGGUGUGAAUUGAAACCAAACAGACCAAGGCAGUAUAGAGAAGGCACGAUAGGACGAUUUCUGUUUGAGGGCUUUAGUGUUUGAGACUUUCAUUUGUCCAGUUUGGUUUGGCUGGUGUUCUAUGGUCUGCAAAAAAACACCAAGGGCACUAUUCAUAGGAAACCGCCCACCUGCUUUCACCUAGAAAGUGCCCUUGUUGGGUUGUGAAUGUUCUUCAGCAACAGGUUGUCUUGUGUCUACCCCUAUACCAGCUUUUCAGUUAUUCUAGGAAAAGCAUGUGUACACUGUAAAGUAGUCUCUGUUUAGGAAGAUGAUGUGUGUGUACUGUAAAGUAGUCUCUGUUUAGAAAGAUGAUGUGGUGACCCUGACACACGAUUUGUUUCUAAGUACUGUCCCAUUCAUCAACCACUGAUUAGAUCACUGUGGUGUUGAGCUACGGAACAACAAGCUCUUAACUAGCGUGUGUUUGGGCCUACAGAGAGCUAAUACUGAACUUAGGAAAUAUUGUGUUUAUCUGUUAACAGCAAACACAUUAUAUUUUUGGUUAUUCGAGUUUUGGAAUACUUCAGCGGCCCAUAUCAAACAUUCACAUAGCAGUGCUCAAACUGCCCUGAAUAAAUAGCUACAUUUUUCACUCCGGUAUGCUAUGGAAUCAACGGUAACCUCAAAUAUAACACAAAGUUGUGUGCAAUGAACAUCAAUGGUAACCUCAGCUAUAACACAAAGUUGUCAACUAGUUUGGUUUACUAAUCUAAUCUAUCAUUCAUGGAUAGAUUAGAUGAGCAUGAUUCCAGUUCCUGAGAGCUCGUUUCUCCCUAGGUUUUUAACUCGGGUGGUGUGCAAAGGCUUCCAAUGCAUGCCUCCUUCGCUGCCUAUAGAACAUUAGGGAAAGGUUUGGAAGUUAACAUUAGCCAUUGGCUCGUCAAUGAUUACACUGAGGAAGGGGGCAUUCCGUAGACUUUGAACUCUGAUUUGAUAGACAAACAGAAGUCAGUUUGGAUUGAACCCAGUGGCAUUAAAUUAUCUUAAGUAAAGGGGUGAUUCCAAUCUGAUAACGCAGGCAAUCCUUGUCGAUUCAUCCUCAGAGCCCUUAAAGGAUUGGAUAGGUACAAGAAACUACACCUAGGAACUGGAAUGUUGCCAACACCUACUUCCCUUACCAGCCCUCAAGAGCAGUAGAAAGGGAGAAAUGUAUUGAAUUAGAAUUCUUCAAAUGUUCCUUCCUUGUCCCUCCUUCACUUCAUCCCUUGUGCUUGUCUCUCCUUCCUCCCCUACAUGUUGUCCCUGUGUAGGCACUGGGGCCUGCUCCUCGCUGGUGCUCCUUCCUGGACAACCUGACAGAGGAGCUGGAGGAGAGCCCUGAGAGUACAGUCUACGAUGAUUACAAGUUUGUCACCCGCAAGGACCUAGAGAAUCUGGGUGAGAGGGGGGUGGAAGUACGCUAUUGGCAUAUUACCUAUCAGAUAUUACAUAUUUGUUCCUAUCAAAUGUACAGAAAUACAAGUGCCUAUUACGUAGAGGGUAGGGCCUUGAAUUGGAAUGGGCCAUUCAAGUUAUUUUUGGCCUAAAGUUCUUGAGGAACCUUCCAGGGCUGUGUACACUACACUUUUCAUUCAGUGGAGGCCAUUUUGUAUUUAGGCAGGUUGGGGCAACACCGCUAGGCCAGGGGUGUACUCAUUUUUGCAACUAAAACAAGAGUUUCUAUUGGAAAAAUUUAGGUAGGUCUCUCCCCCCGUUUCCUUCCGUUUAAGAAACGUUUUGCAACAGAAUCGGCGUAAUGAAUACACCCCAGACUUACCCAUCCCGCCUAAAAGGGAAACACUGGCAGAAUGGAGAGAGAAAUUAAGAGAUGGAAGGAGGGAUAGGGAAAGAUGAAGGGGUGGUGAACAGAGGGGGUUGAAAGAACAGAGGAAUGCUUGGGUCAGCACUAAAGAGAUCAAAUGACAUGGAGGAGAAAUGCGGUUAUUGGGGAGGGAUAAAAGGAGGGAGGGAAGGAGAGACGGGUGGAGUAGAUGAGGGGGGGAAGAGGGACUAGGGCGGAGGGGAGUUCAGUUCACUGCAGCUGUGAAAUGUGUCCUUGUUAUGUAACAGACCGGCAGCGGGGCGGAUAGAGUAAGAUUUCUGACGAAGGCGGGUUUCUAUCUGGUUACCACACACAAACACACACAGUCCUUGUGUGCCACAACUCCCACACAUUCCUGAACUAAAGUGAUCUUACAGUGAACUAAGCAGAGACCAAAAAGCCUCAUGGUAGUCACUAACUCAAGUUCAUUCAGUGCUGAAAGAAUGGUGUCUGGCGGCUGAUGUUACGCUACUUUAUCUAAACUCUCUCAAAAGUCUUCUUACCAAAUAGCUGAAAUGGCUAUGUUAGCAGAAAGGCCUAUUUUGGCAGAAAAAUUUAACAAGCUAUCGCUACAAUCCUGUUGAAAGACAUGAGCUUUGACAAAACAGUUGUUGCAUAAUUGAUAAAUGAAAAUCUGUUAUAUGAAGUAAAAGCUUAAGAUUUUAAUCGGCACUUAUAGGCCUACCCUCUAUUUCCUACUGUCCUGAUUGUGUCAGUUUAAAUGGGAGCAAACAGCCUUGAUUUGCAUCAGGGAAAAUAACUGUAGAAACCAGUUGUCUACAGUCAUGUCAUUUUCUUCCAGCACAUUCCAACAGGCUGCUUCUCAAAGUUAAUUACUAAGCCUUACUGUCCUUGUCAUGUCAGCCAAUUUGAAAGAGUACAAAUAUUUUAAUGAGUUUCACAUGAAAUGUAGCCUGCCCAAGGGAGGUUGAAUAUAGAGAUAUACAGUGCAUUCAGAAAGUAUUCAGACCCCCAUUUCCACAUUUUGUUACGUUACAGCCUUAUUCUAAAAUUGAUUAAAUAAUUGUUUUUCCUCAUCAAUCUACACACAAUACCCCUUAAUGACAAAGUGAAAACAGGUUUUUAGAAAUGUUUGCUAAUUUAGAUAUAUAUAUAUAUAUAUAUAUAUAUUAAAAAAACGUAUUUACAUAAGUAUUUAGACCCUUUGCUAUAAGACUCGAAAUUGAACUCAGGUGCAUCCUGUUUCCAUUGAUCAUCCUUGAGAUAUUUCUACAACUUGAUUGGAGUCCACCUGUGCUAAAUUCAAUUGAUUGGACAUGAUUUGGAAAGGCACACACCUGUUUAUAUAAGGUCCCACAGUUGACAGUGCAUGUCAGAGCAAAAACCAAGCCAUGAGGUCAAAGGAAUUAUCCGUAGAGCUCCGAGACAGGAUAUUGUCUCGGCACAGAUCUGGGGAAGGGUACCAAAAAAUGUCUGCAGCGUUGAAGUUCCCCAAGAACACAGUGACCUCCAUCAUUCUUAAAUGGAAGAAGUUUGGAACCACCAAGAUUCUUCCUAGAGCUGGCCGCCCGGCCAAACUGAGCAAUCGGUGGAGAAGGGCCUUGUUCAGGGAGGUGAUCAAGAACCUGAUGGUCACUCUGACAGAGCUCCAGAGUUCCUCUGUGGAGAUGGGAGAACGUUCCAGAAGGACAACCAUCUCUGCAGCACUCCACCAAUCAGGCCUUUAUGGUAGAGUGGCCAGACGGAAGCCACUCCUCAGUAAAAGGCACAUGACAGCCAACUUGGAGUUUGCCAAAAGGUACCUAAAGGACUCUCAGACCAUGAGAAACAAGAUUCUCUGGCCUGAUGAAACCAAGAUUGAACUCUUUGGCCUGAAUGCCAAGUGUCACAUCUGGAGGAAACCUGGCACCAUCCUUAUGGUGAAGCAUGGUGGUGGCAGCAUCAUGCUGUGGGGAUGUUUUUCAGCAGCAGGGACUGGGAGACUAGUCAGGAUCGAAGGAAAGAUGAACAGAGAAAAGUACAGAGAGAUCCUUGAUGAAAACCUGCUCCAGAGCCCUCAGGACCUCAGACUGGGGCGAAGGUUCACCUUCCAAAAGUACAACGAUCCUAAGCACACAGCCAAGACAACGCAGGAGUGGCUUCGGGACAAGUCUCUGAAUGUCCUUGAGUGGCCCGGCCAGGGCCCGGACUUGAACCUGAGCGAACAUCUCUGGAGAGACUUUAAAAUAGCUGUGCAACGACGCUCCCCAUCCAACCUGACAGAUCUUGAGAGGAUCUGCAGAGAGAAAUGGGAGAAACUCCCCAAAGACGGGUGUUGCAAAGCUUGUAGCGUCAUACCCAAGAAGACUCGAGGCUGUAAUCACUGCCAAAGGUGCUUCAACAAAUUACUGAGUAAAGGGUCUGAAUACUUAUGUAAUUGUGAUAUUUCUUCUUUUUUUAUAUACAUUUGCAAAAAUAAUAAAAAAUGUGUUUUUGCUUUGUCAUUAUGGGGUAUUGUGUGUAGAUUGAGGCACAUAAAAAAAAAAUGCACUGUAUAAAAUGAAUAAAUCAUCAAUCAUUGCACACAUGUAUAAUGUAGCUGUUCACUCAUGUUCAGGAAAUAUGUUUAAUGUACAUGCAAUCUAUAAUGUUACCUGGCCUGUGUUCAACUAUAGGUCUGUCUCACCUGGUGGGAUCUUCUUUACUGCGGGCCUACAUGCAUGGCUUCUUCAUGGACAUCAGACUGUACCAUAAGGUAGGUUGUGUGUGUGUAUAACUGCAUAUUCUUAGUUGAUUGUCGAUGUUAUUGAGUUGUGUGUCUAAAUACAUUUUGUGUGACUUGUCCAGGUGAAGACCAUGGCCAAUCCAUUUGCCUACGAUGAGUACCGCAAGGACAAGAUUCGCCAAAAGAUAGAAGAGUCCAGGGCCCAGAGAGUACAAAUCAAGGUGGGAUAUUAUACUCUGUGUGAUUGUUAAAAACAUAAUACAUUCAGACAGACAAGGAUGUAAAAAUAACUUUAUAAAAUAGCAACUGCUAAUGUAAAAAGGGCUUUAUAAAAUACACUACAUCACCAAAAGUAUGCGGACACCCCUUCAAAUUAGUUUGGCUAUUUCAGCCACAUCCGUUUCUGACAGUUUUAUAAAAUCGAGCACACAGCCAUGUAAUCUCCAUAGACAAACAUUGGCAAUAGAAUGGCCUUACUGAAGAGCUCAGUGACUUUCAACGUGGCACCGUCAUAGGAUGCCACCGUUCCAACAAGUCAGUUCGUCACAUGCCCUGCUAGAGCUGCCCCGGUUAACUGUAAGUGCUGUUAUUGUGAUUGGCCAGUGUAGGCCGUCAUUAUAAAUAAGAAUUUGUUCUUAACUGUCUUGCCUAGUUAAAUAAAGGUUAAAUAAUAAAUAUUGUGAAGUGGAAACGUCUAGGAACAACAACGGCUCAGCCGCGAAGUCGUAGGCCGCACAAGCUCACAGAACGGGACCGCCAAGUGCUGAAGCGCGUAAAAAUCAUCUGUCCUCUGUUGCAACACCCACUACCGAGUUCCAAACUGCCUCUUGAAGCAACGUCAGCACAAGAACUGUUCGUUGGGAGCUUCAUGAAAUGGGUUUCCAUGGCCAAGCAGCCGCACACAAGCCUAAAAUCACCAUGCGCAAUGCCAAGCGUCGGCUGGAGUGGUGUAAAGCUUGCCGCCAUUGGACUCUGGAGCAGUGGAAACGCGUUCUCUUGAGUGAUGAAUCACGCUUCACCAUCAGGCAGUCCGACAGAAUCGGGGUUUGGAGGAUGCCAGGAGAACGCUACUUGCCUCAAUGCACAGUGCCAACUGUGAAGUUUGGUGGAGGAGGAAUAAUGGUCUGGGGCUGUUUUUCAUGUGAAGGGAAAUCUUAACGCUGCAGCAUACAAUGACAUUCUAGACGAUUCUGUGCUUCUAAUUUUGUGGCAACAGUUUGGGGAAGGCCCUUUCCUGUUUCAGCAUGACAAUGCCCCCGUGCACAAAGCGAGGUCAAUAAAGAAAUGGUUUGUCGAUUGGUGUGGAAGAACUUGACUGGCCUGCACAGAGCCCUGACCUCAACCCCAUCAAACACAUUUGAGAUUAAUUGGAACGCCGACUGCGAGCCAGGCCUAAUCGCCCAACAUCAGUGCCCGACCUCACUAAUGCUCUUGUGGCUGAAUGGAAGCAAGUCCCCGCAGCAAUGUUCCAACAUCUAGUGGAAAGCCUUUCCAGAAGAGUGGAGGCUGUUACAGUGCAUUCGGAAAGUAUUCAGACGCUAGAAGCUUGGCACACGUGUAUUUGGGGCGUUUCUCCCAUUCUUCUCUGCAGAUCUUCUCAAGCUCUGUCAGGUUGGAUGGGGAGCGUUGCUGCACAGCUAUUUUCAGGUCUCUCCAGAGAUGUUCGAUCGGGUUCAAGUCCGGGCUCUGGCUGGGACACUCAAGGACAUUCAGAGACUUGUCCCGAAGCCACUGCUGCGUUUUCUUGGCUGUGUGUUUAGGGUCGUUGUCCUGUUGGAAGUUUAACCUUCGCCCCGUCUGAGGUCCUGAACACUCUGGUGCAGGUUUUCAUCAAGGAUCUCUCUGUACUUUACUCCGUUCAUCUUUCUCUCGAUCUCCCAGUCCCUGCCGCUGAAAACAUCCCCACAGCAUGAUGCUGCCACCACCACGCAUCACCGUAGGGAUGGUGCCAUGUUUCCUCCAGACGUGACGCUUGGCAUUCAGGCCAAAGAGUUCGAUCUUGGUUUCAUCAGGCCAGAUAAUCUUGUUUCUCAUGGUCUGAGAGUCCUUUAGGUGCCUUUUGGCAAACUCCAAGCGGGCUGUCAUGUGCCUUUUACUGAGGAGUGACUUCCGUCUGGCCACUCUACCAUAAAGGCCUGAUUGGUGGAGUGCUGCAGAGAUGGUUGUCCUUCUGGAAGGUUCUCCCAUCUCCACAGAGGAACUCUGGAGCUCUGUCAGAGUGACCAAUGGGUUCUUGGUCACCUCCCUGACCAAGGCCCUUCUCCACCGAUUGCUCAGUUUGGCCGGGCGGCCAGCUCUAGGAAGAGUCUUGGUGGUUCCAAACUUCUUCCAUUUAAUAAUGAUGGAGGCCACUGUGUUCUUGGGUAACUUCAAUGCUGCAGACAUUUUUUGGUACCCUUCCCCAGAUCUGUGCCUAGACCAUAUCCUGUCUCGGAGCUCUACGGAUAAUUCCUUUGACCUCAUGGCUUGGUUUUUGCUCUGACAUGCACUGUCAACUGUGGGACCUUAUAUAAACAGGUGUGUGCCUUUCCAAAUCAUGUCCAAUCAAUUGAAUUUAGCACAGGUGGACUCCAAGUCAUAGAAACAUCUCAAGGAUUAUCAAUGGAAACAGGAUGCACCUGAGCUCAAUUUCAAGUCUCAUAGCAAAGUGUCUGAAUACUUAUGUAAAUAAGGUAUUUCUGUUUUUAUUUUGAAUACAUUUGCAAAAAAUUAUAAAAACCUGUUUUCGCUUUGUUAUUAUGGGGUAUUGUGUGUAGAUUGAGGGGAAAAAACAAUUUAAUCCAUUUUUGAAUAAGGCUGUAAUGUAACAAAAUGUGGGAAAAGUCAAGGCGUCUGAAUAAUUUUCGAAUGCACUGUAUAGCAGCAAAGGGGGGACCAACUCCAUAUUAAUGCCCAUGAUUUUGGAAUGAGAUGUUCGAUGAGCAGGUGUCCACAUACUUUUGGUCAUGUAGUGUACAUUUGAUUGAUUAAUUGAAGGACAUGGUGAUACAGACGUUGUUAUCUAAGAAAUGUAUAUUGCUAAUAUAUUGUGUGUUGUGUUGUAUAAAUGUUCUGUGUUGCUGAGACAGAAGCUGCCCAAGGUGAACAAGGGGCUGGCUCUCAAACUGAUGGAGGAGGGAGACGACGAGGGGGAACUGUCUGCCAGGAAGAAGAAGGGCAAGGUAGGAGCAAAUACACCUGCGCACAUACUCAGAUUUCACAUACUAGUCUAGGGCUGACCCCAUUUAGUCGACUGGUCGAUUGUUUGGUCGAUAGGCUGUUGGUCGAGAAAGAUUUCUGGCUCCCAGGUGUCCUUUAUACAGGUAACGAGCUGAGAUUAGGAGCACACUCUUAAAGGGAGUGCUCCUAAUCUCAGCUUGUUACCUGUAUAAAAGACACCUGUCCACCGAAGCAAUCAAUCAAUCAGAUUCCAAACUCUCCACCAUGGCCAAGACCAAAGAGCUCUCCAAGGAUGUCAGGGACAAGAUUGUAGACCUACACAAGGCUGGAAUGGGCUACAAGACCAUCGCCAUGCAGCUUGGUGAGAAGGUGACAACAGUUGGUGCGAUUAUUCUCAAAUGGAAGAAACACAAAAUAACUGUAAAUCUCCCUCGGCCUGGGGCUCCAUGCAAGAUCUCACCUCGUGGAGUUGCAAUGAUCAUGAGAACGGUGAGGAAUCAGCCCAGAACUACACGGUAGGAUCUUGUCAAUGAUCUCAAGGCAGCUGGGACCAUAGUCACCAAGAAAACAAUUGGUAACACACUACGCUGUGAAGGACUGAAAUCCUGCAGCACCCGCAAGGUCCCCCUGCUCAAGAAAGCACAUAUACAGGGCCGUCUGAAGUUUGCCAAUGAACAUCUGAAUGAUUCAGAGGAGAACUGGGUGAAAGUGUUGUGGUCAGAUGAGACCAAAAUCGAGCUCUUUGGCAUCAACUCAACUCGCCGUGUUUGGAGGAGGAGGAAUGCUGACUAUGAUCCCAAGAACACCAUCCCCACCGUCAAACAUGGAGGUGGAAACAUUAUGCUUUGGGGGUGUUUUUCUGCUAAGGGGACAGGACAACUUCACCACAUCAAAGGGACGAUGGACGGGGCCAUGUACCGUCAAAUCUUGGGUGAGAAUCUCCUUCCCUCUGCUAGGGCAUUGAAAAUGGGUUGUGGAUGUGUAUUCCAGCAUGACAAUGACCCAAAACACACGGCCAAGGCAACAAAGGAGUGGCUCAAGAAGAAGCACAUUAAGGUCCUGGAGUGGCCUAGCCAGUCUCCAGAACUUAAUCCCAUAGAAAAUAUGUGGAGGGAGCUGAAGGUUCGAGUUGCCAAACGUCAGCCUCGAAACCUUAAUGACUUGGAGAAGAUCUGCAAAGAGGAGUGGAACAAAAUCCCUCCUGAGAUCUGUGCAAACCUGGUGGCCAACUACAAGAAACGUCUGACCUCUGUGAUUGCCAACAAGGGUUUUGCCACCAAGUACUAAAUCAUGUUUUGCAGAGGGGUCAAAUACUUAUUUCCCUCAUGAAAAUGCAAAUCAAUUUAUAACAUUUUUGACAUGCGUUUUUCUGGAUUUUGUUGUUGUUAUUCUGUCUCUCGCUGUUCAAAUAAACCUACCAUUAAAAUUAUAGACUGAUCAUGUCUUUGUCAGUGGGCAAACGUACAAAAUCAGCAGGGGAUCAAAUACUUUUUUCCCUCACUGUAUUUCUAUCUAUUUUUUUUAUGGCACACAAGACACCUGUCUGAUUCACGCAUGUCUCAGUGGACUAAUUAAUUGCGGAGGCGGCAGGGAUGGCUCACCAGUAGUGUCACCAUUUACUGUUAAUUCCCAUCAUUUCUCAUCUAAAAUGUUUGCUUGGUUAUGGUCAUUUCUGUUAAUGCAUUCAAUAUAUUAUUAUUACAGUCUUUUACAGUUCUUAUUGUCGGAGUAGACACGUUGUUUGCGGACUGCACAACCUAGGCUACACUUGUGAGGAACACGUUUUGUUUUAUUUAAUUCCAUUUAGUUGUCCAUUUAUUCAUUAUCUUUUUUUUAAUAGAUCUCCUGUCAAUGUUGAGUAAGGACACGCAUCUGAUUAUGCAUAGAAGUAGGCCUAGGCUACCUGGCCUGCGCGCAAAUGUAGGCUUUUAAAUAUGCCCAUUUGGGGAUUUCAUAACUCACCACCACUGUUGCGCUUCUCAAAGUAAUUUUUUCUUCAUCUCAAACAGCAAGUAAACGAAGUCCAUUGAGAAUGACAAUAGUUCUUCAACGUAGCCUAUUUGAAAAAUCUUUCCAGCUCUCUUUCAUAAACCUCUUGGCGUGAAAGGGGAAAAAAAUGUCAUGCUCUGAUCCGGUGGAAACAUCAUAAAAUAGGCUUACCUGAUUACUUCUUAUCCCUUGCGGAAUAGCCUAAAGCUGUGUCUGUCCGGAGCUCACUGGUGCAGAAAACUGAGGACCCAGAAUAUUUUAUACAAUGCUGCAAGUUUGCUAGCAAGAGCUUCAGGCCGAACCAAGUUGAUAGUUGAUACAAUGUUUCAAGUUCCUUGCAGACAGGCCAUGCGUAGCCAAUGUGAUUUACAGGAUAUUUACAGCCUGCAAUGUUUUUAUUUAUUGGCUUUAUGUAGGCUAUUUUUACAUAGUCGGCAAUGGCAAUAGCAAAGCAACCGACGUGUUCGUGAGAGUCUCACCUUUCCACGGAGGGGUCAUAUUAGUGUGUAGCCCAAACUGUUUGGACGCUACAGGCGAUUUUCGGGAUGUCUCAUACUCCGCCAAACACAGCUCUAGCUCUGUCACAUUUCACCGCAGAUUUGGAGGUGUUACAUAGGCGGAUGCGGUGGAUUGAGACACAUCCAAUGCAAAAGAACAGAUAUCUCUAGCUUAAAUUGACAGAUUUGUAUGGGGAUUUUUUUAUUAUGGGCGGACAUACACUCUAGGGGGUUUAAAACACAUGGGGUGUGUCUAUAUAGGGAAAACACUAAUCGAAACAUUUGGACCAAUCGAUUAAUCGAAAGAACAGACGACUCUCGGUCGACCAAAACAUUAUACAUUUUUUGUCGGGGACAGCCCUAUACUGGUAUUUUCAGAGCUGUAGGCUGGGUUUAUAUAUUUUUGGUUCUAAGGUAAUCUAGAGGAAACUGGCAUGUACAGGUAACUGCCAAAAUAAAGGAAACACCAACAUAAAGUAUCUUAAAAGGGCGUUGGGCCACCACGAGCCGCCAGAACAGCUUCAAUGCACCUUAGCAUAAAUUCUACAAGUGUCUGGAACUCUAUUGGAGGGAUGCGACACCAUUCUUUCAUAAGAAAUUCCAUCAUUUGGUGUUUUGUUAAUGGUGGUGGAAAAUGCUGUCUCAAGCGCCACUUCAGAAUCUCCCAUAAGUGUUCAAUUGUGUUGAUCUGGUGACUGACAGCCAUGGCAUAUGGUUUACAUCGUUUUCAUGCUCAUCAAACCAUUCAGUGACCACUCGUGCCCUGUGGAUGGGAGCAUUGCCAUCUUAUGGGGGCAUAGCCAUGGUAGCCAACAUAAUGGCCUGCCCAGCAUUUAUAUACGUGACCCUAAACAUGAUGGAAUGUUAAUUGCUUAAUAAUCUCAGGAACCACACCUGUGGCAGGUAGUUUAGUGGUUAAGAGCGUUGUGCCAGUAACCGAAAGGUCGCUGGUUCUAAUCCCCAAGCAGUCGGCUUGGGGAUUAGAACCAGCGACCUUUCGGUUACUGGCACAACGCUCUUAACCACUAAAACUACCUGACACAGGUGAAAAAUCUGUCGAUGUGCCCUUGAGCAAGGCACUUAACCUUAAUUGCUCCUGUAAGUCACUCUGGAUAAGAGUGUCUGCUAAAUGACUAAAAUCUCAUCUAAAUCUGUGUGGAAGCACCUGCUUUCAAUAUACUUUGUAUCCCUCAUUUACUUGUUUCCAUUAUUUUGUCAGUUACAUAUUAUCUCAAAUAUGCUCAUCUAGCGAAUGUGUCAGCUGCCUAAACUGUUAAUCAAAUCCUCUCUCACUCUUUCUGCCCCCUCUGCCAGGCUCUACCCAGCAUCCUUAGCGACGAGCGUUUCCAGGUGAUGUUUGAGAACCCAGACUACCAGGUGGAGGAGCAGAGUGAGGAGUUCCGCCUGCUCAACCCCAUCGUGUCCAAAGUGGGCCAGAAGAGGAGGAAGAAGCUGCGGCUGCUAGCCAAACAAGCCAUUGACUCUGAAAAGGUAACAAGGCUAGCUAGCUAGCUUUCUACCCAUACCGAAGUUUGAUAGAUAAGCUUCUGAAUCGUAGCCUACACCGAAAAUGGAUUGUGGCUUUCAAGGUGAACAAACUUUCUACCCAUUCUAAUUCUACAAUGUCACCACCUCCCUCUUCUUCCUCUCUGAAGACUGAACCAGACCAGGAAGAGGAGGAGCCAGAGGGGCGUGGCAGCUCAGACGAGAGUUCUGAUGACGAUAAGAGCUGGGUGGACGAGGUCAGGGAGCAGCGGCGCCUCAUAUAUGAGGAGGGACGGGACCGCAGGCGGCAGGAGAGGAAGCAGCAGGACCGCAACACCACCCUGCUGGACCAGGACUCCACCCAGAACCAGGCUCAGGGCAGGAAACCGGGUCAGCAGCCCCGUUUCUUCCAGAUCAAGGCUGGUGAGGAGUUCCGCAGCUUCGGGGACGUUUCACGCAAGCAGAAGUUGCAGAAGUGAGUAAGAUUUUUUUUUUUUGUGAGCUUCUUGUGACGCUCUCUAGUCUCUAGGAACAACCUCUGAACCAUAACAUUUUGAAUAGAUGCCACAGAACGUCACAGCACACAAUCCAAAGCAAGCAUGGAGUAGUACUACAGUGAUUGCAUCAAAUGUUACUCAUUUUCACAUUGUUACUGUCAGUCAGCACAAAUAAUCAACCCUCACAUGGACAUGGUAUAUAGAGUAGUCAGUUAUUUUUUGCCAGUACAAUGAUUAGCAGGGAAACGUGACUGUGUUAAGGUGCCUGACUGUGCUGUGUUCUCUGCAGCAGACAGAAAUGUGUGGCCUGCCUUGGUCACGGCCUGAGAGCGGCUGUCACAUCCAUCACUGUAUUGACAGGUGGACACAUGCAGCAAGCAGCAGGAAAAAUUAGGACAAGGGUCAAAUAUAGGAAGGGAAGGGUAUCCCAAGGGUUACCUCCCAUUAUGUAAAACACCCUCUACAUGGAUCUCGUGCUUCAAACUCAUUAAAAAGCAAAUAUUUUAGUAAAUAUUUUAGUUUAGCGUGAAAUAAGACUAAAUGGUAAAUAGUAGUAAAUGUCGUCCUAUAAUAAUAGUAAUGUCGUCCUCUGUAGCUCAAUUGGUAGAACAUGGCGCUUGUAACGCCAGGGUAGUGGGUUCAAUCCCCGGGACCACCCAUACGUAAAAAUGUAUGCACACAUGACUAUAAGUCGCUUUGGAUAAAAGCGUCUGCUAAAUGGCAUUUUAAAAAAUGUAAAUGGAACAAUUUCAACGAUUUUACUGAGUUGUAGUUCAUAUAAGGAAAUCAGUCAAUUGAAAGAAAUUCAUUAGGCCCUAAUCUAUGGAUUUCACAUGACUGGGCAUGGGCGCAGCCAUGGGUGGGCCUGGGAGGGCAUAGGCCCACCCACUGGGGAGCCAGGACCAGCCAAUCAGAAUUAGUUUUACCCCACAAAAGGGCUUUAUUACAGACAGAAAUACUCCUCCGUUUCAUCAGCUGUCCAGGUGGCUGGUCUCAGACGAUCCCGCAGGUGAAGAAGCCGGAUGUGGAGGUCCUGGGGUGGCGUGGUUACACGUGGUCUGCGGUUGUGAGGCCAGUUGGACGUACUGCCAAAUUCUCAAAAACUAAGUUGGAGGCGGCUUAUGGUCGAGAAAUUAACAUUACAUUCUCUGCCAACAGCUCUGGUGGACAUUCCUGCUGUCAGCAUACCAAUUGCAUGCUCCCUCUAAACUUGAGACAUCUGUGGCAUUGUGUUGUGUGACAAAACUGCACAUUUUAGAGUGGCCUUUUAUUGUCCCCAGUACAAGGUGCACCUGUGUAAUGAUCAUGCUGUUUAUUAACUUCUUUAUGCCACACCUGUCAGGUGGAUGGAUUAUCUUGGCAAAGGAGAAAUGCUCACUAACAGGGAUGUAAACAAAUUUCUGCACAAUAUUUGAGCUAAAUAAUAUUUUUGUGCAUAUGGAAAAAAUAUAUUUUAUUUCAGCUCAUGAAACAUGAGACCAACACAUUACAUGUUGCGUUUAUAUUUUUGUUCAGUAUAGAUUUAGUGACUGCCAAAAGAUGACCGCUGUCUAGUAAAAGUGCUUCAGAGGGAAUUUACUUUCUAGUAUACCUUUAAUUUCAUUAAAUUUUUUCGUCAACUUUUAUUAAUUGUUACUAUAAAAUAUAGGCCCUAUGUGUGUUGACUGUGAUUAGGGCAGGGGAAUGUAGGCUAAGUGUGUCUGGUCUGUUUAAUGAACAAAAUAAGAACUAUUGAUUUCAUUUGCAUGGUGCAGCCCAUGGCUACAGACCAGUAACAUAAUUAAUUAAACUCAAAAUAUGCUAUUAUAUUAUUUAAAAAAUAUGUUUCUUAGGACCUGCAUUAACUAAUUAAUAAUGCAUUUCUUUGUCUGGCCACCUCAUAUAAUUAGCCUACCAGAACAUAUCUGACAACGUUUUGAGUAUCCAACUUUUUUAUUCACCAUAACAAGAAAAUACAACGUAAUUAUUGAACAAUUAUUUCCAAGUAGGCAACUGCUAAUUUAUGGCCUAAAUUCACCAGAGGCGUGUGUGUGAUUUAUUUUAGAAUGCAUUGUUUUGAAUUAUAAUGACCCAACCGAAGCCGGGCGGGCGUUUGUCCUCUUUGACGCUUUUUGGCUCUUUUGAAUUGGAAGAGGUAGCUAAGGGUUGAGGCUUUACCAUACAUGCUAAAUUAGACCAAUUCAUCCACUUAUGGAAACACAUCGCUAUCAGCAAAGAUGAUUGGAGAUAUGGACUGUCAUGCUAGCAUACAGUCACUGCUCUGCCUGUCCCGUCCUUUCCACCCACCUUUCUCUGCUUGCUCUGGCCGUCUGCUUCUGGUGAGUUUUUCGCUUUACUGUUGUGAGUGUGAAGAAAUUAAAGCAGUGGAGGGUCUGAAUUUAAACGGACUAAUUUAGAACGUGCCGCUGUCAGGUUACCAUGACAACGGUCGCAACAACCGGGUCAAAAUGGAACGUUUCUUGCUCCUUCCCGGCAAAAGCAAUGGCUAUAUAAAAGGUGAAUGCCGACAAGAAAGACUUAAAAAUAGCGCUGUUGGAAAGAAAUAUUGCACAAUUGUUUUUACAGGCAAAAUAUCAGGAAUCCUAUGAGAAAGCAGUAUAGGAAACAGGCUUUCUAGGUACUGCAUUUAAUCACCAUUAUAUUGUGUGUGCAUGUAUCUGUUCAUGCUCGUGAUAGACCUGCCUAUGUGUCCCAUGUUGACAUAUGUGUCUACUGUCUUAACAGAGCGUCACUGGAGGAACGUCUGAAGCUGGAGGAACGUUCUGGAACAGUAAACGUGGCUGACACUGCUGUCGGCAGCAAACAGCUCACCUUCACCCUCAAGAAGGUAAGUCAUGACAGUGACACCAUUACAUAAUAAGCCACCGAAAGGGACAGUGUGAUUUGCGUGUAACAUAUGCUACCUCCACAGUCCUGUCUUUUCAAAUAGAGCAGUCUCUUUUAUCCAGAGUCCUUUUCAUAUUUGUUCUCACUUGUAGUCCAUUCAGUCAGAAUGAUUAAUGAGGAAUGUGAUCUUGAAGUGUGUGGGUGACUGUGGGUUGGUGAGGUCAACUUUCCAUUUGACUACUGACUACUAAUCAGGAUUUCUGCUGAUCCUGGGUUCAGUAACACUAACAAAGAGAGCUUGUCAUUGACAUUUUACCUCCAUCAGUCUGUUUUCCCCAAACAUACAUAUUUACACAAAAUAUGAAAGUACAGGUUAAGGUUGACACUGCAGAGUAGCCACUGUGUAUAAUCUGUAAUGGUGCACGCAGAAGAGGACCAAUGGCACAGAAAAUUCUUUGAUCAUUAUCAUUUUUGACUGCUGUUUUGACUUUGUGUUGUUAUAACCCCAGAUAAAGGUCGAUCCCCCAAAUCAGGUCAGCGACUGACUCUUGUGUCUUGUAUUUGUAUCUUGUGUCAGCACCCUUCGAAAAAUGCUUCAAUUAUCAAUGAGUUGCGUGGACAUUGCAGUUUAAAAAAAUAAUAACAUUGGUUUUGCACGGGACACUGAUGGUGCAAGGCCAAGCUAGGUUUGGCUAAGGCUCCCUCACGUGCAGAGAGACUUGAGUCUGUCUGCUGGGUAAAUGCCCUGUACUACAGUGUGAGCUGGAGGAAGCAGAGUGCCAAGGUCAAUGUUGAUUACAGGUCUGAUAAUAGAAAAGCGAUUUAUUUUUUUCGCAUAAGGUCACUUAAGCAUACUCCAAUUAAAAGUAUCUCUCUCUGCCUCCCUCUCCUCCUUUCUCUUCCUCUCCAUUCUCAAUGAUCUCCUUCAGUCGGAGCAGCAACAGCGGCAGCAGCAGGCGGAGCGUGAUCACCACGAGGAGAGGAAGAAGCUGAGGAGGUCCGCGGGACACCUAUCGAGUGAGAGAGGCAGGGGUAGAGGUAGAGGGGGAUUUAGAGGCAGAGGUGGGUGUAGAGGCGGAUUUAGAGGUAGGGGUGUGAGUAGAGGGAGUAGAGGCAGGGGGCACUACUGAGGUAGAGGCAGAGGUAGCAGAACUACUCUGUGACACUACUGAGAUUUAGAAUCCCAAAGUCAAAUGAUUCAAAGUCUAUUUGAAUCAUGGUAGAAUGACACUUUGUUACCGUCUGGGAGUCGAGAGGUUGUGAUGCAAAAGUGAGCUGACCAAUUGUGACCUGCCCUGUAACACAGUUAUGAAGAUAUGUUGGUAGAGCUGCUAUGAAAGGAUACAAUGUGUAUUAUCUAUUGAUUGCAAAAUUGCUAGACAACCGUUUUCAGGUCUUGCCAGAUUUUCAAGUAGAUUUAAGUCAAAACUGUAAUUCGGCAACUCGGGAACAUUCACUGUGUUCUUGGUAAGCAACUCCAGUGUAGAUUUGGCCUUAUGUUUUAGGUUAUUGUCCUGCUGAAAUGUGAAUUAAUCUCCCAGUGUCUGGUGGAAAGAAGAUUGAACCAGGUUUUCCUCUAUGAUUUUGCCUGUGCAUAGUUCCAUUCCAUUUAUUUGUUAUCCUGAAAAACUCCCCAGUCCUUAAUGAUUACAAGCAUACACAUAACAUGAUGCAGCCACCACUAUGCUUGAAAAUAUGGAGAGUGGUACUCAGUAAUGUCUUGUAUUGGAUUUGCCCCAAACGUAAGUUUGUAUUCAGAACAAAAAGUUAAUUGCUUUGCCAAAUUUUUUUGCAUUAUUACUUUAGUGCCUUGUUGAAAGCAGGAUGCAUGUUUUGGAAUAUUUGUAUUCUGUACAGGCUUCCUUCUUUUCACUCUGUCAAUUAGGUUAGUAUUGUGCAGUAACUACAAUGUGGUUGAUCCAUCCUUAGUUUUCUCCUAUCACAGCCAUUAAACUCUGUGACUGUUUUAGUCACCAUUGGCCUCAUGGUGAAAUCCCUAAACGGUUUCCUUCCUCUCCAACAACUGAGUUAGGAAGGACACCUGUAUCUUUGUUGUGACAGGGUGUAUUGAUACACCAUCCAAAGUAUAAUUAAUAACUCCUGAACUUAUUUAGGCUUGCCAUAACAAAGGUGUUGAGUACUUAUUGACUCAAGACAUUUCAGCUUUUUGUUUUAAAAAUGUCUAAAAACAUAAUUCCACUUUGACAUUAUGGGAUAUUGUGUGUAGGCCUGUAACAAACAAAUCUCAAUUUAAUCCAUUCUACAUUCAGGCUGUAACACAACAACAUUUGGGAAAAAGUCAAGGGGUAUGAAUACUUUCUGACGGCACUGUACGUAUGUGUCCAUGUGUGUCUGUGAGAAGUUCCUGACCUUCACCGUGUUCUUUUUCACUUCACAAUCCUACUUUUCCUGUAGUGCAGACUGAACAUGUCUGUAUUAUGCUCCGUGCCUGACCCAUAAACGAUUUUUACUAAACUUAUACCUCCCUGGUCUGUGUUAUGUUCUUAUAGUGGCCUUAUGGUCUCUGGGGAUAAUUGCACUGACAUGCAGUUCUAUGCUGGAAAAAGCUAUCCAAAAAUAAGUCCAACAGUUGGACACAAGGCCUCAGUUGUAUGGGGAGAGUUUUAUUUUAUUAACUGACAUACCAUUUAUAACGAUUAGCACCCAAUAAUACAUGUCCAUCCACUGGCAUGUCCAACAACUCUAAAGGGCUUCACAAAUAUAUUUGACUUCCUUGGUAUGACAUAACACUUUCUGUGGAUAUUAAACGGCCACUAUUUCACUCCAGUCCAGACAGAUGGAAAAAGAAAGGAGGGAAGAGAAAAAAGGAGGUGAAGAAAAGUCCUGGGAACAUGGAGCCCCAAUUCUUGGAAGCAGCUUUCUCCGUUUGACCUCUCAUCCCCCCAGUUCACACAUGGCUGGCCCUCCUGUCUCCUGCCCUGGCCCUUUUGAAAUGGGAGGAGGUGCUGUGCAAUUCACCCCGACCCCCUCCCUAA